GAGCCAGUGUUUCCAUGAGUUAGAGCUCUUUAUGCAAAUAUGUGUGUAGCUUGUGGAUUGGGUGUCCUCAGCUUUUGUGCAUUUUCUCUCUUGGAUGUUUAUGUUUGUCUCCGUCUGAGUCGUGAAAAAUUCCAUUCACAUAUUUAUGGCCUUCCUUCCGCAAACAUCGUCAUGAUCUGUCCCAGUUCAACCCACCAAGAUUAUAAGGGCUUGUGGGUCAUGGUGAGUGAAGUGAUCCGAUCCAACAGAAGUGAACGCAUACAACGAGGUCGAGUAAAUCAUUCAAGGCCGGUCAACACAGCCUAUGUUCCAUUCGCAGCGAGAUUGCCGGCGGGACUAAUUGACAACUCAGCAGCUUCCAUCGUCUCGACUGAGACUCUUGUGCGAUCUUCUUCUCCAGAACGAUUAAGGAAGGCACGCUCGUCUGCUCUGGACUCUCCACUGCUCCAGCAAGCGCCCGGCCGGUGCUUAGAAUUCCCCCAUUUAUGUAGUGGGCUUCAUUAUGUAAUUUGGCCUUCGACAGUCACAGCCUCCAGGCCCCUGUGAAUCCUGUCUCGACUCCUUCUUCUUUUGCCAUUCUCAUGUACAACACUCAUUUGCAGAUUCCCUCUCUUACAGCUGGUCCCUCUGGAUGAAGUGAAUCAAGCCCUUCUUGAGAUCGAUCACAACAAUAUUUAUUUCUUCCCGAACCGCUCCUAUUUAUACCAAAGUGGAUGCGAUGUUGGACGUCAACCUCUAUACUCUCAACUUCGUUCGCUCAACUAACGAGCCCGACAAGCUGUUCCUCAUCCAAGAAUCCUCCGGCGAGCCCGUCUAUUUCCGGCUCAGAGCACCUGAGGGCAGUGGUGAGACGAGGACGGAAUUAUAUCAUGCGGCGACCUUGGCACCAUUGGGAGUCUUCCAACACCUCUCAUCCAAGUUGAAGUUGAUCUCCUUAACCAAUCCAUCCUCGACCAUCGAGCUCAAAAACUCGGGAUACAUCAACUUCGAAUGGACCUUCUAUUUCGACAAGAUCCUCAAGUUCUGUUGGAGGAAAGAUAUCGUUGGCAUGGCUGGUAAUAAGAGAGGUUAUACCUGUUGGAUGAGUCGGAAACCAGACCCAGAUUAUCCAUGUGCAAUCUAUCGACCAGGUUCUUCGGCCGUCCCUCCAUCCUGCCAAUUCCUCGACUUUAACAUCAGACGGAUCGAGAAUCUACACGAUCCACGAGGUCUCGAGUUUGCUAUCAUCCUGGCUUUGCUUGGUUUCACUGAAGCUGUUGCAGACCAUGAUCGAAGUCCUCCCACUUCUCCCCUCGAUUCUCAGAGACAGAUAACCGCGAUUGAAGCUAACGAACUACGAGUGACGGAGAACAGCUCAACCUCGGAGCUAGUAGCUCAAGGACAUAAGCUCUUCGAAGACCCGCUCUUCCUCUACCUUUCCGUCCAUGCACCUUCACCCAAGACAUUCAAACGAGCCACCGCCGUAGCUGAGCAGAUCAAACGCGACCGACUCAAGAGACACGGCGAGGAACUCUAUCAAUACCUUGUCGAUGACAUCAUGAGUCAUGAAAUCUCCACCGGAAAACCCUCCUCUUCGGGAUCUUCUUGCACUAAUUCCUCCAAGUCAAGCUCGCUCAAAGUCUAUCUCUCCCGCACGCCGCUUGACGAACUAUUGCCGAAAUCAGCUACCCCUUCGAAAUCUAAUCAGAAGUCGGGAAGGUCCAGCCUUCGUGUACAGAAACCUCAACUGCCUCCAAAAGAACCAAGAGCACCCUUCCUCUCCAGCUCUUUGACUUCUUCUUCUUCUUCUUCUUCGACUUCUUCUCAUCAUGCUUCUGCUUUGCCUCAUAACUCGUUACAUUCUCGGUUUAUGACCGGCGUUCAUCGACCGUUCAGCAAGAUAGUUUCAAUCGCCAGUUCCUCGUCACAAUCAAGCGCCUACGGCCUGCAAUAUAUCACCCCAUAUUAUCUUGAAGACGACGAAUCAGAAGAAGAAGAAGAAGAAGAGUUGACGCAGCAGACGAUACCCGAAGACCCAGCCAGACGUUCGAAUGGCCAAGAGCAAGACUACCAGACUGCGAACGUCGGCCGAUCUGGCGCAUCUCUAGCAAACACAGAAGAGCCGGGAUCGAUAGAGGAACCAGACGAUCGACUAACCGAUCAAGUCUUGAUCCAGAUAGCCGCGCGAUCUCUGCUCUGUCUUGACUCACUAAAUGCGAUAGACGAGGAGACGGAUCGGGCCACGAAUCCAGUGAAGGAGAACGGAAGAGGCAACAGCAGCAGUCGGGAGAGUCGGCCGGGCACACGGGCCAGUGAGACCAGUUUCCGGAUGAGCAGCAGCACCAGUACAAGUAGUCCGGAGGACAGUCGGCGGAGCAGUGUGCCCAGGAGCCUCUACGACGACCCCGACAGUUUGGUCAAUAUGAGCGAACACAGCAACAACAGUCUUGAUAGCAGAAUCCGCUCGCCCAACUCAUCUCCGCUCCAUCAUCAUCGUCGAGCCGACAGUGUUCGCCGGCGGGGCUCGUCUGGUAGCUCGAGUCGCUCCUCUGCUUCUUCCUUCGUCGAGCUCUUCCUCUCCUCUUCGGGCGAGGCAUAUGACCAUAAUCUGCAUCUUAAGCUUCCCUCUGCCCCUCUUCACUCUAGGAAUCAUCCUUCCCUCAACCGUCUCGCCCGGAAGACGUGGACGAGCCCGGCUGUCCAGUCCGCGUGGAAACGACUUGGCUCCCAUUCCACUCUGCUUAACCCCCCCUCCGUUAAACUCCCUUCUUCUUCUUCUUCUUCUUCUUCCUCGUCUAACACUACCACCACUUGGACUACUGGUACCACUAACUCUUCGAAUUUCCUCUCAAGCCUUUUCUCUAGAAAGCUUCACCUCUCUUGAUCUGUUCUUCUUCUAUACACACCUUCUUUGUUUUUCUCUCUGACGGACUCUCUGAUCAACAUAUACAUCACUUGUUAUUGCAUAAUUGGGGUUUAUUUCACUAUAAUAAGUACUUCUAUCGUUCAUUCAAACUCUUCUCCUCUCCUUCUUAUUUAGACACUCAUAAUAUAUAUAUAUAUACUUGACCUUUUCUUUCUUUGUUUUUUUUAUUCUCUCAAAGUUCUUGUUAUAAUUUAAUCAUCUAAUGAACACACACACACAUCCUUCAUCCUUCAUCCUUCACUCUUGUAUUUGCAUUUGUUUCUUCUUUUGUUGAUGUGCUGGAGGAAGGAGUGUGUGUAAGGAAAUUGGAGUUGGACUAGGGCAUGAUGGCGGUCAUUGUGGGGCAGUCUUCCUAUCUUAUUGUUGUUGCUCUGGGUUGG